AUGCCUGUCCACCAGCUCCUACCCGGCCUCUUGCUUCUGCUCUGGCUGCCCGCCAGCCUGGCCCGCCAUGGCCCCCCGCUCUGGGGGGGGCCCCACCCCCACGGGACCCCACGCUGCUACUCAGCCGAGGAGCUGCCCCUCGGCCAGGCCCCACCACACCUGCUGGCUCGAGCUGCCAAGUGGGAGCAGGCUCUGCCUGUAGCCCUGGUGGCCAGCCUGGAGGCGGGGGGCCGCAGAAGGCGGCACGACGAGCCCCCGGCUGGGACCCAGUGCCCGGUGCUGCGGCCUGAGGCGGUAUUGGAAGCGGACAUCCACCAGCGCUCCAUCUCGCCCUGGAGAUACCGCGUGGACACCGACGAGAGCCGCUACCCGCAGAAGCUGGCCUUCGCCCAGUGCCUGUGCAGGGGCUGCAUCAGCGCCAAGACGGGCCGGGAGACGGCCGCGCUCAACUCCGUGCCGCUGCUGCAGAGCCUGCUGGUGUUCCGCCGCCGGCCCUGCUCGCGGGACGCCUCGCGGGUGCCCACACCCGGGGCCUUCUCCUUCCACGCCGAGUUCAUCCGCGUGCCCGUCGGCUGCACCUGCGUCCUGCCCAGGUCGGCACAGUGA